GAGAGCAUUGAAGUUGAUUCUACGGCUGGGGAGCAUCGCCGCUUCUACCACUUCCUCCGCCUCUUUCAAUCUGGUCUCGACAGGGAGGAAUUCACAUCGUCAUGUUCUCCAGAACCGCUCUUCGGAGCGCAUUCGAAGUGCGAUGGACGCCCAGCGUUCUCCCAUCCUUAAGUUUUGCUCCGAUUCUACCACAACGAGCAGGCCUCCAUCAAGCUGCGUCUUCGACGGUCUCAUCUGAGAUCCAUCCACACAAGUCUCCAGUGAACCCCUCGAGCCCAUUGAGCGCCACGCCGCGAGCGCAGACCUCUCAACCAGAGCAUCUACCGGAGCACCGAGUACCAUCCGAGAGCGGCGCGCGUUUUGUCCCAGUGACACGCAACCACAUCCCUCCAGAGAAGCUGCCCAUUCAGCCGACGUUCACUGCUCCUCUCAAAAUGACCAAGUCCCUCGUCAGCACUCUCCCCCAUCUCACUACGCAAUCCCCACACUACAUCGUCGCACACCUCCAUGCGCGACCUUACCUCCUCACGGCUGGUGACCACCUCCGUCUGCCCUUCCACAUGCCGAAAGUCAAGCCUGGUGACAUUCUGCGUUUCAACCGUGCUUCUGUUAUUGGUUCCCGAGAUUUCACGCUCAAGGGAGCCCCCUAUAUCGAUGAGCGCAUGUUCGAAUGUCGGGUGCGGGUGCUAGGUGUUGAUGCGGAGCCGAUGCGAAUCAAGGAGAAGACGAAGAGACGACAGAGACACACUCAGCACAUCCGGAGCAAGCACAAGUAUACUCUCAUGCGUGUGAUGGAUGUGAAGGUCAAGAGCGUGGAGGAGCUGCUGGAGGAAGGCGCCGAAGUGGUUGAGGAAGGUGAUCUCGCUUCUGCAACCAUGGAGUCUAAGGCAUAAAUUGAAAACGAAAAGAGAACUAUCGGUCAAAAUUACCAUCAGUGCAUGGAGAAACGAUCUGCUUCGACUUCUGUCUACUUUCCCAUUUAUUCGCGUCAUGUCGGAAGACUCGGGGGUCUACCAUCCAGGCAUGGGCUUGUGUACUGUACAAAUAGAUAUCGUCCUUAUCAGGGUGUAUUUUAAACUAUUAUGAUCCAUCCACCGCAAUCAUAUCCAUAUGCAGAC